AUGAAUUCUACUACUACUACAACUAAUACUAAUACUAGUCAUCAUUCACAUCCUUAUCGUCAAGUUUCAUCAAAUAGUAAUAAUUCACAAUCAUCAUCAACUCCAUAUCCUUUACUGGAUUUUAAUCAAAUUAGUCAAAGUGAUAGAUCUGAUAGUUCACCAAGUAUGACUGAAGUUACUUCUGGUUUAGAAGAUUUACAUUUACCUCCAAAUCUUAAUAAACAAUAUAUAAUAUCUCCUCAUCUUCAACAACACCAACAACCACCACCACCAAAUCAGCAACAACAAUAUCAGCAUCAAUCUCAUUCUCAGCCACAAUCACAACAAUAUCAACAACAACCUUAUAGAAGUUUACUAAACACUACUACUACUUCUACUAAUAAUAAUAAUAAUACUAAUUACAACAAUAAUAACAACAAUCAUGGUAAUGGACAAACAUCAAGAGUUUCAAGUUUACCAGAACAUUUAAUUCCUCAUUUAAAUUUUCCAGAUCAAUCCCCACAACAACAAACUGUACAAGAAUCACCACAAUUUCAAGGACAAUUAUCUCCAAAUAAUCAACAAUAUUUUCAAUCAUCAAAUUUCCAACAACAACAACAACAACAACAACAAUAUAAAGAUUCACCUAAAAUUGGAGUUGUUAAAUCACCAAAUUCUGCUCCAUAUCCAGUAUAUAAUUCAUCAACCCCACCAGCUGCAUUUGCAUCAAAGGAUAGUGUUAUUGCAUCACCACCUUCAAAUCCUUUAUCGACAACUUCAUCAGUUGUUAAUUUAAAUUUAAAUAAUAAUAAUAAUACCAAUAAUAUAGAUAAUCAAUUAUUUACAAAAUCAGAUACAAAUUUAACAACUCCAUCAGUUUCAAAAUAUGGUCAUAAUAGAUCAGUUUCUUCAACUUCAUCCUUUUUUUAUGAUAGGAAUGAUAAUAGUUCAAUGAUUGAUUUCAAUCAAAAUGUUAUUCAACUGUAUUUAGGUUCAAAUUCUUCAACUUUAAUGCCAAGAAUUAAAACUUUGGAAUUAUAUCGUAAAAAUGCUAAAAAAUCAAAUGAUCCAAAUGUUUUAUUUCAAUAUGCUCAAUAUAUGUUACAAACUGCAUUAUUAUUAGCAGUUGAAUCUACUUCAACAACUUCAUCACAAUCUUCAGGUAAUAAUACUCCACAAAGAUCAAUUGAAAAUUCACCAAUGAAGAAACAAUCAUCAAAAAAAUUUGAUUUAUCAAAUGUUGAAUCAAUUGAAGGAAAUGAAAAAAAAUUAAGAAAAGCUUUAUUAAAAGAAGCUAUAUAUUAUUUAAAAAAAUUAUCAGAUAAAGGUUAUGUUGAAGCUCAAUAUUUAUUAGGUGAUGCUUAUAGUUCAGGAGCUUUAGAUAAAAUCGAUAAUAAAGAUGCAUUUAUAUUAUUUCAAGCAGCAGCUAAACAUGGUCAUGUUGAAAGUGCUUAUAGAACUUCUUAUUGUUAUGAAGAAGGCUUAGGUACUGGUAGAGAUGCAAGAAAAGCUGUUGAAUAUUUAAAAAUUGCAGCAUCAAGAAAUCAUCCAGCUGCAAUGUACAAAUUAGGAGUUUAUUCAUUUUAUGGUAGAAUGGGAUUACCAAUAGAUAUGAAUACUAAAAAAAUGGGUAUAAAAUGGUUAACAAGAGCAACAAAUGUUGCAACUGAUUUAACUGCUGCUGCUCCAUUUGAAUUAGCAAAAUUAUAUUAUAAUGGAUUUGAAGAUAUUAUAAUAGAAGAUAAAAAAUAUGCUUUAGAACUUUAUUCACAAGCUGCUGCAUUAGGUCAUACACAAUCAGCUUCAAUAUUAGGACAUCAUUAUGAAAUUGGAGAAAUAUUACCUCAAGAUUCAAAUUUAUCUAUACAUUAUUAUACACAAGCUGCUUUAGCAGGUGAUCCAAAUUCAAUGCUAUCAAUGUGUGCAUGGUAUUUAGUUGGUUCAGAACCUUAUUUACCAAAAGAUGAAAAUGAAGCAUUUGAAUGGGCUAAAAGAGCAGCAACAUGUAAUUUAUCAAAAGCUCAAUUUGCAUUAGCUAAUUUUUAUGAAAAAGGAAUAGGUUGUAUAAAAAAUUCACAAGAAGCUCAAUUAUGGUAUAAAAAAGCAGCUGAAAAUGGUGAUGAAAAAUCUUUAGCAAGAAUUAAUGAUAAAGAAUUAGUUAAAUCAAUAAGUAAAAAUUUAAAAAGGAAACCAAUUGUUAAAAAUUCUGAAGGUAUUGCUGCUCAAGAAAAAGAUUGUAUAAUAAUGUAA